AGGAGUCGUCCGCGCAGUGGUCCAGACAGAGCGAAAGAGAGUGUUCGAGUUCGCAGCACAGCGCAGAACGUUGGCUAAGCGAAGCGAAACUCUUGGAAAGGGAACAGCAUCAGCUCAUCAGAGAAGAGACAGUCCAGUUAAAGCCGAAACAAAAGUGCAUCGACAGCAUGUAUCAAGUGCAAAUAGGUGUUAUCUUGGGCGCCGUUCUCCUAGCGAGUGGCGUGGCAGCAAUACAGGUCAUAACGCAACCAGCAGGCAAGGUGACGGUCGCUGAGGGGCAGCGAAAUGUGAAUCUACUAUGUCUGGUGGAGGAACCGAUCGACUUCUGCAUUGUAAAGCUACCGGGAGCACCGGCACCGUUUGCGGCCAGCGAUAAACUUCCGGCACCGAUCGAGGGCAUCAAGUUCUAUGGGCUGGGCUGGAGCAAGGGUUCCUGCGGGAUCACGAUCGACACGAUCAAGGCCACGCACGAUGGAGAGUUCGAGUGUACGGUUUCGGUACGGGGUCAAACCUAUAAGGGCACGAUCGACAUCAACGUAUCAGGUGAAGCAGUUGCCCCGGAACCACCGAAGAUCGAGCUGGCCAGCAAUGUGGAUGCACCGAACGGAGAGUUCGAGUUUGGCAAGAAGGUGGUGCUGAAGUGUACGUCGCGGGACGGAUGGCCAGCCGCCAAGCUGUCCUGGUAUCUGGACGGUGUCCGAUUGAGCGACGAUGUCGGUGGUGAGUUCGUGGAAGAGGCCAACCGUCGUGCGACCGUACAGCAGAUCUAUCGGCGUGCGAUCGCUGUCGAGGACCACAAGAAACAGCUAACGUGCCGUGCUGAACAUCCGGCGUACGAGAGCGGUUUCAAGGAGACGAGUCUUCCGAUUAAACUGAAGAAAGUGUACACCAACGACAAGCAGGAGGUAAAGAAGGAAGCAUUUACGGCACCGGUGAAGCCACGGGCACCGCAGAUCACCGUUUCGAGUGAGGUGGUCCAACGGGAUGGUGCGUUCAAGGCGGGCAGCAAUCUGGUGGUGCAGUGUGUCUCGAAGGAUGGCAAUCCUCCGGCCGGGUUCCUGUGGUUCCUCAACGAUCAGUUGAUCUACGAUGGCCUCUCGGCACCGUACGUUAGCCGUAACUUCCGAGGCAAUACGGUCCAGCAGACGCUCACCUACCCGCUGAAGGCGGCCGACAACGGCAAGACACUCAUCUGCAAGGCACGCCACCCGGAAGGCAGCGAAGAGACGCGGCUUCCGAUCCGCACUUUUUAGUUGAAGCGCGUUCACCGCCGCCACCAUGCUCUCUGUGCAACGAGCUGCUCUGAGCUGUGAUGGCCGUUGUCGUUUGCCGUUGCUGUUGUUUUGUUUCUUCUCUUUGGUUUGUUUGAUAUUUUUGUUUUGCGAUAUGCAAUUGGAACCCGGAUUUCAAUUCAGGAUUGGAUCUAUGAAAACGCUUCAUUUACUUCAAUAAAUUAUGACUUCAAAAGUGAUUUUUAUCCACC